GGCGGGCACACAGAAAAACGAAAAAUCCGUGCACACAUGUGUGUUCUUCUUGCCGCCCGGUGGAAAUAAAUUUAAAAAUAUGGUCAGUUAGUGGCUAGUUUUCAAAAAAUCAAAACCAUAGAAUUUACCAGCUCUGGUUAAAGUUCAAUAAAAGAUGAGUUCAUGCUGAUCAAACAUUAUAAUCAUUCCAUAUUUUCUUGCGAAUGAUGUGUUCUGACAAAGCUGCAUCAUGGAAGCGAUUCCCAAUUGGCGAACUCGCGAGGAAGCGAAAACUUUUGAAAGAAAAUUACAUUGCAGCUGAUGUUAAACGUGCAGAAUUGGCAAACGAACUAGAUUCUGUUCAACAUGACAUUGAUAAAAUGUCGAAAAGGAUUGAUCGCCAUCAAGAGAAGUUAGCUGAUCUAAGUCUAAGUGAGAAGGAGUUGUCUGAAAAACGAAGGCGACUCGAACCAAAAACAUUUGCAGGCUUUUCAAAAAGGAAGGAAACAAUGAGACAGAUGACACCAUCAAAGUUAUGUGCUGACAACUCUGAGAAGCUAUGCUUGGAAAUACCAGUAAGGUCUGCCCAAAGAAGACGUAAAGAAACAUUAGACGCCUCUAAAGUUAUUCAUGGAAGCAGUGAAGGUGAAAAAGCUGCCCUUGAUGGUUUAUGGGUGACAUUCAUCAAUGAAUGUUCCAGAAAACAACUCCAUUCAUAUGUUGAGGCAUCACCCAAAAUGCAAAAGAUUAUUCCAAUGGUAGUUAAAACCAAAACUAAAGAGUAUGAAGAGAGUCACAGUAACUUGGUAAGAAGCUUGAAAGUCCUUUACACAAAAGGACUUCUCUCAAAGGAAAAAUACAAAGCUAUAUGUCGAAGCAUUAUUUCAGUACCAUGCACAGAAUCAUCUCCUUCAGUGAGCAGUGCAAAACUUGUAUAUUAUGAUAAGCUUAUUGCAUUUGUUAAGUCUGUCGACAUUGACAAUAUCAAAAACUUUUCUAAUGACUUCUGUCAAGGCUUAGAGGCCUUUGAAGAUCCAGUCAGUGGGUCUUAUAGAGAUUUGUGUAGUUACCUUUAG